UACCGGCCCUCAUUCCCCGCUCCGUCCUUGGUCAGCACUCCUGUGCAGUUCGGCUAUAUCUGAGGGAAGUGUUCGCAGUGACAGGAAAUGUGCGAGCGAGAAGGAAGGGGAGGGCGCGGCGCGGCGCCGCGCACACAACAGCCCUGCUGAGACCUCAAUGAAACCCAACGUGACCGAGUCAGGAGGAUGGACAGGCCCCGCCGGCUGCUGCUGGAUAGUUCUGGAGAGCUGACCCAGAGUGCAGAUGACGACUGUUUACUGGACGCCCCUCUCCUACCUUCACAGAAACUUUAUUCUGAUAUCCGACCAUUGUUCUACCCUGUCCCUACAGUCACUGUCACCGUUAUUCUUCUACUAAUACAGGUGGCAUUUGUAGCUCUGACUUGUGUAGUUGUAGUGUUAUGUAUAUCUAAUGGUGAAGAAGACUUAUGCAAGCCGUAUAUAGCACCAUUCAAUCUGACUACCACUGUGGUCAUUGCUAAAGUCAGUCUGUGGCUGCUUUAUGUGGUCUAUGAGCGUUUCAUUCAGCACCAGCACAGCAAAGUGAAAAACCAAGGCUAUCUUUCCUUCUACCGGUCAACAAAGUGCAUCAAGACCCUACCCCUGAUUAUCCACUCAACAGGCAAUGCGGCUGUAAAUGUGAUAAUCUCAGUCAGGGAUUCCUUUGGUUACAGUGAUCUCUAUAUCUAUCUCAUCCUGAGUGUCCUCAUACUGGAGCUGAUCCUAUCUGUGAUAUUCCUCCUCAUGUACACAGUGCGGAUAUACAAGUUCAAUAGAAUUAUGCCUAGACCAGAUAUUAUUGAAGAGGAGCAAAUACAUGCAUUUAAAAGUCACAUCCAACCAGGAAUUGGAUUCAGGGAAGGAACAAGCCUAGAAGAUGUGGUUGAAAAACAGGGAGAUACCAUAGAAUAUCUACAGCGUCACAACGCACUGCUUAGUCAACAGCUUCUGGCUCUUACAGCACAGCAGACACAGCAGCAAUGCAGAAUAGCGGAAAAUCAAGGAGCGUGACUCUGACAAAGGGCUCAAUCACACGACCAUGGUUUGGUUCCGCAUCCGAGCCACAUUUUUUGCGGCUCGGGUUCGGACCCAUUCACUUCAAUAGGGCUGCAAAAGAUGCGGAUAGCAUGGGCCAUCUGUGCCGUUCCACAAAUUGCAGAAGGCACACGGGCGGCAUCCGUAUUUUGCGAUCCGCAAUUUGCAGACCGCAAAACACGGCAUGGUCGUGUGAAUGAGCCCAAAGCCUAAUGGUUCGAAGCUACAACGUACUGUGUUAUUGACCAUCAUAAAGUUGACUUUCAAGAGUUAUCACAGAUGAUGCCAGGGGAGAGAAGGGUCAGACAAAGUGGAUAUUUUUGCUCGAUCCUUUUGUUCUCCUCCCUCCCCAUUGAGUACACAUACCCUUUUGGCCCAACUGUGAAGGAGUAUGGAGAGAUGGCUGUUAUUUGGCCGGCCGUUAUUGAAUAUUUACGGCUGCUCUUACUGACCUCUCCAAAAAUCUUAUCUUUUUGUGAUUUAUUGUGGUAUUUAUUUAAAGGGUAUGUCCACAAUUGCAACAAUUUUUUUUCUUUACUUCCAUGCAUGUUAAAAUAAAAAUUUAAACUAUUUUGCAAAUGGUCUUGAUUUUAAAAAAUCACAUACUGAAUGAUGACUCCAUGGUUAGACUACAAACAAACUCUGUGUUGUCUGACCCUGAAGUCAUCCUCCUAAUUAUAUGUAGUGUACUAUAUGUAAUGUAUACAUAUGAUAAUAAGGAUGACUACAGGCUUCAGAUGACACAGGGAUUGUUUGUAGCCUGCAACCAUAAUCACUUUAUAAUUCUUGUCUGUGACCAUAGAGACCCAUAGAAGCUGUAAGUACAAAAUGGUAGGAUAUUUAAUUUUUUUAAUCAAGUCGAUUUGCAAACUUUGUAAAUUUUCUGCUUGAGGUGCAUUGGAACAUUUCAGAAUUGGUUGUAGUUGUAUAUAGCCUUUAACUUUUUUUUUCCAGUCGAUUUUUAUAUUGACACUUCACUAGACAGAAAAUCCAUUUGUAUGCAAUAUUUUGUUCAAUGGUCUAAUAAUAUGUGCUUGUUACUUUCAAUCGAUCACAAAUCAUGAGUAUUAAUCCACAAAAAUAGGAAUAGGUUUUCCUGGAUAAUUUCCAAUUGUUGAUGGUUAUGCUAGACCUAACGUAAAGUCGUAUGCAUUUUGCUUGAUAAUUGCCUUUGCCUGUGUUUUUUUAAUUUAUUUUUUAUGCAACUGUGGUUUUCAUGUAAAUUGCAGCUGAUUUUGUUACCCUCAUAUUAAAGUUGUUAUUUUAAAGGGGGUUCUCUGUCCACCAGCAUCCUGUCCUAGAAUGAGAGCAGGACUGGUUGCUGCCACUUGCAUAACCGUCUAGUGGGGUGAAGGGCCUUACUGCACACUAUAGUGCCCUACAAUAGAUGGUAAUGAUGUGAUCCUGCCUAUGCUAGGCCAUCAUGGCAGAGCAGCCUGACAGGAAAACUCCCCAAUAUGUAGUACAUACAAGUUCCAGAGGGUAUAGUGAGUAGCGAGGCUUUUCUUUCUAGGCAAAGUGGUAACAACCAAAUCUUACAUUCUAGGACAGGUUGCUGGUAGCUAUGUAAAAGUGUUCUUAAAUAACCCCUUUAAGACACAAAAACAAUAUUAUUUGACUACUGAAAUGGUCCAUCCAUAUUUUUUCAUCCUUAGUUUUAUAACAGGGUUGUGUUUUAUGUUCUGUUUUUUUUUUUUUUUCCUUUUUAGACUAUAAUUUAGCCUGUUUUUUGUUUGCUGAGAUUUUUAGGUUUUUCUGGUUUGGUCUAUACGUAUAUAUACAAACUGUGAUUCCCAUUUCAUGUUUCCUUAUAUUUUAUUUUAAUAGUAUUUUUUAGUUUUCUGUAUUUAUUUUUAAGGUUCUACUAUUCACAUGAAAAAAAAAAAAAAAAUAGCUUCUUGCCAUGUUAAUUUUUGAAGGUAUUUUUUGAUAAAGCAAACUCUACCUACUGACUUUUGCUAAGGACUUCUGCCUUGCUCUUACAUAUAGUAAUGAAUUAUCUGGACAGAAGGAAUAUGUCAAUGACAUUUACAUGAUAUUAUUUGAAAUGUAAAAUUUGCUGGCUGAUCUCUUUCCAGUUACAAAUGACUGUUCACCGUACAUGUUACAAUAUAUAGAAGGGUAUUUGUUAGUUCACACGCCAAAGAGUGGUCCCAAAACUAUAACCAACCCGAGGCCAUGUUCAGACGGCAAAAUGUGCAAAGCGUUUUUUAACUUGCCACAAUUUGCGUCAAAAUCAUUUGAAAUGUCUUUCCUUGGAUAAAAAAUUCUUUUUUUUUCGAGAAGUGCUUACUUGGUAUGUUUUUUGCAGCCAUUUAUGCAGGUGAAAACGCUGUUGAAAAAAUAUAUACCUAAAACUUCUGCAUUUCAGCAGCUGAUUUCUAUAGAAACCAACAUACCCUUAUUACACUUUAUUUGACUUUAUGUCAAAUAGCUUUACUACUCCUAAUGCAAUCUCUGCACCAUUUGCAGAAGACUUCACAUUUAAAGGGCAUCUGUCAGCAGAUUUGUACCUAUGAAACUCCCUGACCUGUUGCAUGUGCCCUUGGCAGCUAAAGGCAUCUGUGUUGGUCCCAUCUUCAUUUGUGCCCAUAUUGCUGAGCAAAAUGAAGUUUUAAUAUAUGCAAAUGAGCCUCUAGGAGCAACUGCUAUGCCCGCUUUAACAGGGCCAGGUGUGAUGACUUUUUCACUGCCCGGCCCUGGCAAGCAAAGUGUAGAGGGCGCAGCAGUUGCAGAGAGAGCAGAGCCUGAGCUCAUUUCCAUAUGACAUCAUUUUCUCUCAGCAAUGUGGGCACAUAUGAACAUGGGACCAACACAGAUGCCUUCAGCUGCCAAACAUGUAACAUUUCAACCAGUUUCGUAGGUACAAAUACGUGAAGUCAAAUAAAAAUGCCCUUUAAUCAUUCUAGAAAUCUUCUUGUCAAAGACCUGCAUUAAACAUCUCUCUUUACCUGCUCUGCUUUUAAGACUGCAUAAGAAGUAAAUGUUCUGCAUCUGAUGAAUGACUGUAUAAAACCUAUUUAUUCGACCUCUGAUCACACACUAUGGGACUUAUGAUGGACAGAGUAUGCUGUGGCCCAUAAUAUACUGUGUAUACGUGUAUGUAUGCUUGAAAUAAUAUGCAUUUUCCACUGCAGAUUGAGCCACUUCAUAUCGUACAUGGAGCUGUGUACAUCAUUAUGUAGUGGUGUGACACUUCUCCACUCUCUUGUAUGGCUGGAUGUACAUUGGGCAUGCUCGAGUGUUCUUUUCGUAAGUGUAUACGGAAGUACUAACUGGCUAUAAUAAAUGCGUCUUGUGAGGAUGAUCAUGGAGUGAAUCUUGUGAAAGCUGCUUGGGUUUAUGUGCACUAAAACCCUAUUGCAGGGAUAUUGGAUGAGCAUAGUAUGUUACUACGGUGUUAUUACAGGUAUUUCCCUUUCAGGUCCCAGAAUGACUGUUAUCUUCUGUUUCCUACAUGCUUAAACUACUGAAGACAGUUGGAAGCCAUUUCUGUUAAUCCUGGUGUAUGUUUUUGUACUGGGACGUAUUACUUUUUUUUACCACUUUUGAACAAUGUCUUGUGAUUAGUACAGUGAUGUUCAGUUAAUUAUAACAAAUGCUGCAAUAUCUUACUUGUCUACUUAAUAAAGAAACGGUGACAUUG